GGACACAUGGAGCAGACACGCAGAAACCAUGACAUCUGUUGCUUUUUUCCUGACUCUGAUCUGAAAUUCUGCAAAAAAAAUCCAGCGUUUUGUUAAACACCCUGUCGUGAAUGGAAAGCGCGCGGAAGCCCUGAAUGAGCAGCACGGCACUUCUGCCAGACUGAUGAAGUAAAUUAAGUGCACGAGUAACACACUGAACAGUUGCAAUCCGUUCACAGCACAGUGGUCUUAAAGAAACUGUAAAGACGAUACAUGACAUCCUUCUCAAUAAUGACUCUAAAGUGGACAUGCACUGUAACUCCUUCGAGCUUCGUGAAAUGUUUGGAAAUUUUGCAGUUGCAAACUUGCUUGUGGAUUAAACAGCUCAUCAGUGCUGCUCUUACCGCAGAGAUCUCUCUGAAUGAGUUUUUCCUGUAGUGACAUGACACACGUGGCUUCAUGGCUUCAGUGUUCCGGGGCUGUUACAGCUGUGCGCCGCGUGCGCUUUCUGGAGCGCAGUGAGGCGCGCGCGCUGUCCGAGGCCGGUCCCGAGCGGUGCCGCGAGCUCGCCCUGAAUGUGCCCGGGGCGCGGAGGGCUGUGGCGCGUGCUGCCGUCCGGGUGCUCGCAGCAUGAAGUGAGGAUGGUGGAGGAGACAGCCGCCCCUCUCAGGAACGCUUCGUCCUCCCGUGGAAACGACGAGAGUCUCUCCUUCCCCUGGAGGCUCACUCUACUGGCCAGCGUGCUCAUCACCACUAUAGUCGUAGACGUCCUGGGCAACCUGUUGGUCAUAGUGUCGGUUUUCAGAAACAGGAAACUCAGGAAAACAGGAAAUGCCUUUGUGGUGAGUUUGGCUGUAGCAGAUCUUGUAGUUGCCAUCUACCCAUACCCAAUGGUCUUAACUGCUAUCUUCAACAAUGGCUGGAUUGCAGGAAACAUCCACUGCCAAAUCAGUGGCUUCCUGAUGGGGCUCAGUGUCAUCGGCUCCAUCUUUAACAUCACAGGCAUCGCCAUCAACCGCUACUGUUACAUCUGCCACAGCAUUAACUAUGACAAAAUCUUCUCCAAAAAGAACACUGUGUGCUACGUGGUGCUUGUGUGGGUCUUCACCAUCCUGGCCAUCACGCCCAACUGGUUCGUGGAGUCUUUGCAGUACGACGCACGUGUCUAUUCGUGCACAUUUGCCCAGUCGGUCAGCUCCCUCUACACCAUCAUGGUGGUGGUGGUACACUUCAUCCUGCCCAUCAGCAUUGUCACCUACUGCUACCUGCGCAUCUGGAUCCUCGUCAUCCAGGUGCGCAAACGCGUCAAGCCCGACAACCGGCUCAAGAUCAAGCCACAUGACUUUCGCAACUUCCUCACCAUGUUUGUGGUGUUUGUGCUGUUUGCUGUGUGCUGGGCGCCUCUGAACUUCAUUGGCCUGGCAGUGGCCAUCCAGCCCUCGCUGGGCCAGGCUAUUCCUGUGUGGCUCUUCACAGCCAGCUACUUUAUGGCUUACUUCAACAGCUGCUUGAACGCAGUUAUCUACGGCGUACUCAACAACAAUUUUCGAAAGGAGUACAAAAGAAUUGUGCUCUGUCUUUUUAAUUUGCAUUGUUAAAGUUUUUUUUUUAAUUUUAUUUUUUUUUACAAAGAGGAGACGCGCACUGUGAAUUUACUAGCAUACAAACCAUACUCACCCAGACAGAGAUGGACUGUUUGUUUUGCAUAGGCUCAUGGCAAAAUGUUUUCCAUAUCUUUAAAAAUUACUUGGACAGAGACUCAGUCAUGUAUCUUUGAAUAUAUUAUGUACAGUAAGCUUAGGUUUGCACUGGAUAAGCAACAUAUGAUUCAAAUGCCCAUUUAAAUAUAGUUAAAUUAAUGCAUGAAAUAACCCAUCCUAAUGAUGAAUGAUGGUGUCAUCUGUGAGAAAUGGCAGCUGCAUCUCCAAAUGACAGUUUUAGUUAGCAUACUGUCUCACUUAAUUAAUCUCGACUUCAAAAAUUGACAGCUUGAAGACUGGGAUUCCAAACAGAGAACACACGUUUCCAAACAGAGAGUGGCUUCAAUCAAAUAAAUGUUCCAUAAUUUGACUAUAGUUAUUCAAAUGAUUUUUAAAGGACCCAAAAAUAAUAUGUAACAAUACUAAAACUUUUAUUUGAUGAUAAAGAUCCAUUUUUUAGUUUAUAAAAAAUAAAUAAAUAAAUAAAUUAAGCAGACUUAACAUUUAUGGUUGUCAGAAGUCUUUUCUCUCAGAAUGAUUAAACAAAUCCUCUCAGAAAUCUUUCAGAUGAGCAAAGCGUGGUGUGUGGGAGACUUUUUACCCCACAUCCACCCACUCCUGCAGAAAGCGUGGCCAAUCCUGCCCGUUCCUGAAGUUGUUAUUUUUUGUUUGUACACAUCUACAAUAUUUUAAUGAACUUAGUUAGUUCUAUUUACCAAAAAUUAACAAAAGAGUAAUUUAAACUUCAGUAACCCUGUCCAGGAUAAAGCAUUUACUAAAGAUGAAUGACUGAACGCAGUAAACCCAUCUGGAACACCUUGCAACAUCCAAUACACUCUGUUCAUUAAUAUGUCAGUGAAUACACCUUUCUUUGUCUCACCAGCUUCAUAUCUAACUGCCGGCCCACACAUGCAUGAGAAUAAAAACCACCUGCUCCUGUGACUUUUUUGUUGGGUGCCACCUGUUGCAUACAUUUAGCCCCCACCUUUCACUCCUCUGUCUCUUUUCUCAAGAAGAGAGCAUAUUUUACAACUUAUUCAUGACCUAUCUCUCUUGACAUCUAAUCAAGCAAUAUUCCGCAUCUCUGAUCAAAUCCAUCUGCAUUGUUCAUCUAUCUGGUUCACAUGUCAGGCUGGUCUCAGGUCAACCUAAACCUAUGAAAACACACACAUUUUAAAGUCAGAGCUGAUUAACAGGACUUUCAGACCAAAGGCAAAAGAUUAUUGCAGCCAUUGUAGGCAUAAAGACUACAAUUCAUCAAGAUUAAAGUCAUUAUAGACAUAUUACAUAUCAGACAAGAGAGAAAGUCAGGACUUGAGUUUUAUUCAAUGAUGCAUUUAUACAUAACAUUGAGGAUGGCGAAUAUUAUAGUAGGGAUUUAAUAUGUUUUCUUACUGUAUGAACACUUUGUUAAAGGAACUUUGAAGACUUUAAUUCCUCAAUUUGAGAUAGGAUUGUAUGCUUUAUCUGUAACAAUCUUUUAUUUACGUUUAAAAAUGGUCAUAAUGAGCUCUUAAAAUAGUGUCAUGAAUGUGUAUCAGUCAGCAAGCAAAAUUCCCAAAAGCCAAUAAGUAGUGAGUUAAGUUAAGUGAGUUUUUCUCCAUAAGAAAUACAAAUAUUCUGUGUUUUGAAAUGCAUAAGCAAUGAUGAAUUAUUCUGCAUGUCCUUGGUCUUUAAUCCUUUUCCUACCUAAAUGGACACUGCGUACACUUUGGUGUGUGUGUGAGAGAGAGAAACAAGAUUGAUGCAGUUACAGAAACUUACAAAGCACUAUUUCACUCUCCAUCCUUUGCACAUGUCUUUAUAGUGAAGUGUUUAAAAAGAAUUGAGAAUCAUAUUUGUAUGUAAGUAAUGUCACUUACAGAUGUCUGCAGUGUCUAUAUGUCAGUGACCUCAGUUAAAAUGUUAAAUAAAGUAAAUGGCUAUCACUGUGCAAUGUUAUAAUAUGCAUAUUACCUCAGUGUGAAAUGUUAAUUUGUCACAUAUAGACACACAUCAAGACUUUAACUGAAUGUGUAAUUUUAGAAUGGUACAUUGUUGUUUUUUUCUGCAAUGAAAACGUAAGAUAACUGGUUUUACUGCCAGUUAUUAUCAACCAGUUAUUAUUUAU